CGGACGCCGAAGAAGAGCUUUCUUUUCCGUGGUGAAAGAACCCGUAAGAGAAACGGAAAACAAAACAGCACGUAGGCCUCAAAUGAAUUCAAACACCUACGUGGUCAUCUCAAAGUAAAAUCAUCGUUACUAGUUCGGCGUGUACCACAGUUGCGUGUUUCGCCGUGGUGCUUUGAUAUUCAGCUCGUAUCUAUUAGGUCUUCAAUCCAUGACUGAAUUCCCCGCAGAUAUAGUUGCCACGAAGUGCACACUAAUGAGUGCUGUAUUCUCCUCGAGCUGGGCCCAGCGCCAUGCCUGAUCGUGACAGCUCCUACCUGUCAGGUGGCGGUGGGAGUGGUAGCAAUCUAAGUGAAGAGGGAGGAUCGGGCUCUGCUUGCGCUACAGAUUGCAGAGUAGGUUCAGAAGGGGGUUUUGGAAGCAUGGACGGGGGAGGCUCACUAGGCAAUGGCAUUAGUUUUGGCCUUGGGGGAGGUGCAAUGUUAAACUCUGGAUUAAUGCUAGAUGGGGUGUGCAGGGAUUUUAUUCGUAAUGUUUGUAAGAGAGGGAAGCGUUGUCGCUUUAAGCAUCCCGAUUUUAAUGAGGUGCCAGACUUAGGGGUGCAAAAGAAUGAAUUCAUUUUUUGCCACGAUUACCAGAAUAAAGAAUGCUUGCGCAUCAACUGUCGCUUUGUACACGGCACGAAAGAAGAUGAGGAAUAUUACAAGAAAAAUGGAGAGUUGCCACUUGCGCUGAGAGCAAAAGUUGCAGCACGACUUGGCCUCUCACCCACAGAUCUGCCGCAUAGUAGAGGGGAGGUCCCAAUCUGCAGAGACUUUUUGAAAGGGGAGUGCCAGAGGGGCAGUAAGUGUAAAUUUCGUCAUGUCCAAAAAGACUAUGAAUAUGAUCUCACUGGGCUUGGCGUGAGUGGUUUGCUUGGGGCCGCUGCGAGUGUAAUGGUAUCUGCAGGAAGUGGCAUCGGUGCAGCCGGAGCGAGCGGAGGAGCCAGUGUGGGGAUUCCGGGGCUUGUGGGAGGUGUGGCUGGAAAUAAUAUUCUAGGGGUGGCCUGCCCAGGCAUGAGUAUGAGUGCUUGCAGAGAUGCAAGCGUCGCAGGAGUAGGCGUCAGCGCAGGAGUGGCGGGCGUCAGUGCGACAGUAGCGGGCGUCAAUGCGGGAGUAGCGGGCGUCAGUGCGGGUGUAGGUACCGUCAGUGCGGGAGUAGGGCCCGUCAGUGCGGCAGCGGUGAGCGUCAGUGCGCCAGUAGUGAGCGUCAGUGCGCCAGCAGGCCCGUCAGGACAGAGGCGUUUCGACAGGACCCCGAUGUCGGUCUACGAGCCCGUAGUUGAGAGCGGCGUCUUUGACUCGGCUAGCCUGGACAGCCCGCUUGAACAGACCGCACUCCAGAUCAAGAGGCGGCGCUUGGAAAGCUUGCGACUGGCAGACAGCAGCGUCGGUGGCCACUAUGACCUCGGGGUCCAGGCUACCUUGCCCACACGCCCGGUGGAGUACAGGUUGUUGGAGGAGGAAAACAACCUGCUGAGGAAGAGAGUGGAAGAGUUAAAGAAACAGGUUGCCAACCUCAUUUCUACCAAUGAAGUUCUCUUGGAGCAGAACGCCCAAUUCCGCGGUCAGGCAACAGUGAUGACAGCCGCCCAGACUGAGCAGACCCUGGUACCUCCAGUGGGUGUGGUCAGCUCGUACAACCACGGCAUCGCCCAGACUCACACCACGCUGAGCAGCACCGGGCUGCAGCCUCGACCCGUCACCCAGCAAGAUCUGGUGGCGUCCACCGGCGCUCCCACGGCGCCCCCUAACAACGCGGCGCCACCCCCUCAUCUGAACCCCGAAAUUACACCGCUGUCAGCCGCUCUGGCGCAGACCAUCGCCCAGGGGAUGGCGCCUCCAGUUUCUAUGGCACCGGUGGCGGUGUCCGUGGCUCCGGUGGCCGUGUCUAUGUCCAUGACGCAGCCUCUGCCGGGCAUCACCAUGAGCCACGCCACGACGCCCAUGCUGUCGUAUCCCAUUGCCAGUCAGAGCAUGAGGAUCACCACUCUGCCUCAUAUUACCUGAUAAGUGGUAAUGAAGCGACCCUCAAGCCAAAACAGAUCUUCAAACUGACUGUUUUACGGCUACAUUGACAAAAAAAAAAAUGUAACAAUACAUGGAUACAAGUUUCAAAUUGUUCUAUUACGAGAAUAAAGUUCAACUAAUACGAGAAGAACUAAAUUGGCUCAUCUCUUGAUUGUUCAGUCUGAUCUGACAGAAAAUGUUUAAGAGCUACUCAUGAUUGAUGAAUAUGUACAGUAGUCAACUACGCUGGCUGCUGGUUUCAGACUUGCAGAGUCAUUUUGAGAGUCACCAGUUAGAGCUACAUGGAGUUUUUUAUUUUAUUUAGUAAAACAUCUUUAUUCUUCUUGUGGUAAUGACUUUAUUCUCGUAUUAUAAAAACGUUUUUCUUAUAAUUCUGCUAUUUACAUUUCCCUUUAUUGUCUACUGAUUGCAUUUAAUCCGAUUGCGAAUCAAAUUAAACCUAUGUUUCCCUCUAGAGAGCCGUAAAGAAACAUUUGGCCCUUGACUUUUAGCUAAUGACGCAACGGACGUUUUUUUUUUUUUUUCCUUGAUUAUUGUAAACACAAAAAAAUGUUAAAAUGCUAAAAACUGAUCAUCGCAUUUUUGUUUACACUUGCACUAGACUAGUUGUGGAUUAGUUGAUCAACACCUAAACUCUGCACGACAAUUCAAAAGCAAGUAGUGUGGUUUGUCUGAAGUCAUGCGCACACAAAAUAAACACGAUGUGAUAACCAGGA